GUAAUAACUAAGUUUAUCCCGUGACCUGGUGGCGAGAAGGAAAGCAGGGUGACAGACCCACGACUCUUCCACACAAACGACAGACAGCGUUUGUAUUUUCAAACACAAGUGAUGAGUACACCCCAACAAAACGGCCCAACCAGCAACACCACUACAGGAACUACACAGCGCCCGAGAGCAAAAUUGGCUCAAGUGCACAUCACAGUAAUAUCUGCAUCACUGAAGGAGGUGAACGAUGGAUGGUUUGGUGGCGGCAAGCCGGAUACGUAUGUUGAGGUUUGCUGUGAUCAGAACACGAGUAGAAAGACAGAGGCUGUGAAGAAGACGUGGCAACCGAAAUGGGAUGAUGAUUUUAAUAUUCUGGUCACUCCCACGAGUUCUAUGGAGUUUCGAGUCUUCAGCCACAAAACACUGAAGGCAGACAUUCAACUAGGUGUGGCAACAGUUGAUAUCAAUAACCUCCUGAGGAAACACAACGGAAAACUGUCAAGUGAAAAACUGACUCUCAAGUUGAAUAAGGAAGGCAUAUAUGCUGGUGAUCUGGACAUAAUGCUUGACGGGUUGGAAUACGAUUUGAGGACUCUCGGAAUUGAGCCACCAGCAAGCACUGUAAACACGAAUUCAACAAACACAGCCGAAGAACAGACAGCUGGAAUGACGAGUGAUUCAUCGUCUCAUCCACUUGAGAAUGCAAAUCAAGAUUCGGAGGAAGACUUGCCGUCUCGUGAUCAGCGUGCAGCAAGGACGGCAUCACAACAGAGAACGAGUGCUGCCACGUUGGCGGCUGGCGCUGCUGCUGUUGCUGGAACACGAACAGCGUCUACGACUCCAGCUGCGGCUCAGUCGGGAUUAGGUACUGCAGCGACGAGGAGUACAGCGACUCCGGCUAGAAGGUCGACUCCUGCUGUUCCUGGUGGAGCGAGACAGAUACCUUUACCAACUGGUUGGGAAGAACGAAGAACACCCGAUGGUCGUCUUUAUUAUCUCGAUCAUAACACAAGGACAACAACAUGGACUCGACCUCAACCAUUGCCUCAAGGCUAUGAGAUGCGCAUCGACCCUCGUGGGCGCACGUAUUAUGUUGACCACACAACACGCACAACAACGUGGCAACGACCGACUGCAGAGAGCAUCAGUCAUUAUCAGCAGUGGCAGAGACGAGAGCAGCAGAAUCAAGCCGUACAACGAGAGAAUUUGCAGAACAGGUUCUUGUUACAGACUGGGCCAGAACAACAGGACGACGGGCUGGGAGAGUUGCCUGAUGGAUGGGAACGCAGAGACUACUUCGGUCGAUCAUACUUCGUCAAUCAUGCUGCUCACACAACACAAUGGGAAGAUCCUCGGAAACACCAAGAGGAGGGCAAGGCUGCAGACCAAGUUCUUCCACCAGGAUGGGAGAUACGCUACAAUCAAGAUGGAAAAAUGUACUUUGUAGAUCACAACACAAAGUCGACAACAUACAAUGAUCCAAGAAAAAUCACCGACAAGCCCGGUAUUGCAGUUGCAUAUCAACGAAGCUUUCGGUGGAAACUGGCUCAGUUUCGACGUUUGUGCUUUGCUAAUCAAUUGCCAAGUCAUGUGAAAAUCAACGUGUCUCGUCAGACAAUAUUUGAAGAUUCUUUCCAUCAGAUAAUGCGUAUUCAGCCGUUUGAUCUUCGUCGACGUCUUUAUAUUAUUUUUCGUGGAGAGGAGGGGCUUGACUAUGGGGGCGUGGCUCGGGAGUGGUUCUUUCUGUUGUCACAUGAAAUGCUGAAUCCCAUGUUCUGUCUGUUUGAAUAUGCUGGACAGAAAAAUUAUUGUCUUCAGAUUAAUCCUGCUUCUUCUAUUAAUCCGGAUCAUUUGACAUAUUUCAAGUUUAUUGGAAGGAUCAUUGCAAUGGCUUUGUAUCAUCAGAAAUUCAUCGACAAUGGUUUCUCGAUGCCAUUCUGCAAACGAAUGUUGAACAAAUCGCUAACAUUGAGAGAUCUCGAAUCAAUAGACCCAGAGUUUUAUAACUCACUUGUGUGGGUGAGAGACAACAACAUUGAAGAGUGCGGACUAGAAAUGUUCUUCCAAGUCGACUAUGAUUUGUUGGGUGAAGUGAAGUCGCAUGAACUGAAAGAGGGAGGAGAUGAAAUACUAGUUACAGAGGAAAACAAACAGGAAUACAUACACUUGAUGACUCAGUGGAGGUUUGAACGAGGAGUCAAAGAGCAGACCAAAUCGUUUCUCGAAGGUUUCAAUGAAGUCGUUCCUCUACAGUGGCUUCAGUUCUUUGACGAACGAGAGCUAGAGGUUUUACUGUGUGGAAUGCAAGAGAUUGAUAUUGAUGACUGGUGUAAGAAUGCUAUUUAUAAGAACUACACGCGAAACAGCAAGCAAGUUCAGUGGUUCUGGCAGGCUGUGAAAUCGUUUGACAACGAAAAGAGGGCUCGUUUACUGCAGUUUGUGACUGGAACGUGUCGGCUUCCUGUUGGCGGGUUUGGUGAGCUGAUGGGCAGCAACGGCCUGCAGAAGUUUUGUAUUGAGAAAGUUGGAAAGGAAAGCUGGCUUCCAAGGAGUCACACAUGCUUCAAUCGUUUGGAUCUCCCACCCUACAGGAGCUACGAGCAGCUUCUUGAGAAACUAACAUUUGCCAUUGAAAACACGGAAGGAUUUGGUCAGGAGUAGUCUUCAAGGUGGCUGAUGCUUUAUUGUAUUGAACUGGCAAUUAGUUAUUAUUGAUUUAUGGUAAUUGUACGGCACUGUGUGUGAACCUUCUCUAUUGCCAAUCAAAUGUACGAUAUUGCUACUCUAGAUGAUUGGGGUUUUCUUCAUGUUGACUCGUUUUAUUCAAUGAAAUGUGUAAGAAUGCA